CUCGCGGGCGACCACCUGACUGCAAUUACAUGCAAGAUCAGGAUCAUCGCCCACGGCGGCCUUGCGAAGCUUCCUAAGGGCACGGUGGUGGCCGCCUCCGAGUUUGAUAGGCUCUCUGACAAGGAGGUGGACCAAAUGGAGGAGCUGCCACGCGCCAUUGGACGGUGCUCGCUGGAGACGAAGGUGCACCCGGUCUCGAGC